UUGUGAUUAAUUUGAUCGUUGAUAAUUGAAUUUAAUCGACAACCCCCAACUGCGUAUAAUUUCAUAUUGUGAAAUCUUCGGACUGGCGGAGCUACGAAACAUCGUGGAAACAUGAAGGAGAUCCUGAUCGCGCUCAGCGCGAUUCUAGCUGUAACUGCAGCUAGAGUGGUCAUAACUGCUGAUCCAAAAGAUGGUCUUUUAGGUAGAGAUGAAUGUACAUGGGGUCCAAGUUAUUGGUGUGAGAACCUAAAGACAGCUAAGCAAUGUAGCAAUGUCAAACAUUGUAUUCGUCAAUAUUGGGAACAGAUGGAAGUUCCAGAAGAUAAUGAUAGUGUAUGUGGAAUUUGUAAAGAUAUGGUAAGACAGGCACGGGAUCAGUUAGAAAGUAACCAGACUCAACAAGAACUGAAAGAAGUCUUUGAAGGAAGCUGCAGAUUAAUUCAUAUUAAUCCAAUUGUUGAAGAAUGUAUUAAAAUUGUGGAUCAAUUUAUCCCUGAACUUGUGGAAACAUUGGCAUCUCAAAUGAAUCCGUCUGUUGUUUGCUCUGUCGCAGGAUUGUGUAAUAAUGCUCAUAUAGAUAAGUUACUUACAGAGUAUCAAACUUCGAUAAAGAAGGACGAAACAAAAUUAGUUGUAUUAAAGAAUGAUGAACUCGAGCCUGACGAGUGCACCAAAUGUUAUACGAUAGCAAAGUAUAUGGAAAAUAAAUUGCAUCGUACACCGCAGAAUACAAUGCUUCUACAAUUUUUGAAUAUUUGUGGUCAACUCAGCUCUUACUCGGAUUCCUGUUCAGCCAUUGUUAUGGCUCAUUUUGAUACCAUUUAUAACCAUCUUCAAGAUAAUUUUAAUGCGGAUAACAUAUGUCAUUUAUCAGGACAGUGCAGCAGCAAAUAUCAUAAACAUGAAAAUAGUACAGUUCCACAAGUAGAGAUAACACCAUUGUCAAGUGUAGGCAUGGUAGAAGUUGGAGAUGAUCUCCCAUGUAAGUUAUGUGAGCAACUUGUGGGUCAUUUAAAAGAUCUUUUAGUUGCAAACACGACGGAGAUAGAAUUUAAAGAAGUUCUUCUAGGUCUUUGUAAGCAAACUAAAUCUUUCGCCGAUGAGUGUAAAGCCAUAGUUGAGGAGUAUUACGCACAAAUUUAUGAAUAUCUUACAAAAGGACUGAAUAGCAAUGUUAUCUGUCAAAUGUCUGGAAUUUGUCCUAGUCCUGAUAAAACGGUGCAGGGACCAAUUUGGCCUUUGGUUCCAGUAGAAGUAGCAAAUAUAGGAUUGAAAGUAAUGGAAAAGAUACAACCUCGAAAAGGAGUGGUUGAAGUUACUAUUGGCAAAGAAUAUCCAAAAUCGGAAGCUGAAGAGAUGCAACUACCAUUUGAAAGAUUGAUGCCUUUUCCUUUAGUACAAUCUGAAAGUGUUAAUGGAAUGAAAGCAUGUGUAUUCUGCGAAUAUUUGUUACAUUAUAUUCAAGAAGCUAUUACAAAUCCUAUAACUGAGGAGAAAGUAAAAGAAUUUCUUGGAAAAGUAUGUACAAAGGUACCUUCUUCCAUUAAAGGCGAAUGUGAAGAAUUUGUAAAUACUUAUGGGGAUGUGAUUAUAGCCAUAUUUGCCCAGGAAAUGGAUCCAUCAAAGGUUUGUCCCGUGCUACGUAUUUGCCCAUCAGAAGCAUUAUCAGACAUGUUGAAAAAAGUUCCUAAAGAGUUUACCAUUACAACGGAAAAAGAUAAGCCUGGUUGUCCAUUCUGUAUGCUUGCAGUAUCGCAAAUUUAUAAUGCUAUCAAAGAUAAUAAAACUGAGGCUAGCAUUGAAGCUGAAUUGGAUAAAUUAUGUAACCAUUUGCCAUCUCAUUUGAUCGAUCAAUGUACAGAUUUUGUGAAAUCAUAUAGCAAAGAACUCGUAGAGAUGAUCCUUGCAGAUUUGUCCCCUCAGGAAGUAUGCACCUAUCUUCAUUUAUGUGAUCCAAACGAAGAUCCUAAUCCAAAACAUAACUAUAUUACUGAGCAGGAUGGAGAAAUAUUAACCAAUGAGAUACCUGAAUAUCCAUUACAUGUAGUUCAACCUAAGAAUAUUUUCGAUUCUACUGAGUGUGUAAUUUGUGAAUUUAUAAUGAACUGUAUCGAUGAAGACUUUAAGAACAAUAAGACGCGAGAUGAAGUAGAAAAAUUGGUACAUAGUGUGUGCAAUCAUUUACCAAAAACAGCUAACAAGAAAUGCAAUGAUUUUGUGGAUGAAUAUGGUAACCUCAUAAUAAGUAUUCUUUCGGAAGAUAUCAGUCCUAAAGAGGCCUGUCGUAUGAUGCGUCUUUGCGCUGGAAACAUGGUACAAAUUCGAGAAUCUGUAUCUGAAUGUGCCUUAUGUCGGACAAUUAUAUCGCAAAUUGAUAAGCUGUUAGGUGAUUCAAAGGUAGACAAUGAAAUUGAAGAAACUGUUAAGAAGGUGUGCAAAUAUCUACCAGAAGAUAAGCAAAAUAUGUGCAAGAUGAUGAUAGACAUUUACGGACCUAGUAUAAUAAAUAUGGAGAAAAGUCAUACUGAUAGCGAAAAAAUGUGCAACAAAAUGGCUUUAUGCUCUCCCAAUGACUAUUUUGCGUUAUCACUUAUAAAUCCACAUGUAUCACGAUCGAUAAACGAACUUAAAAAGUGUACAUGGGGCAUACAUUUUAUAUGCCAAGACGAGGAGGUAGCGAGACUUUGCAAUGUUACGAAGCAAUGUGAAGAGGCAGGCAUUGGUGAAUUUGGUAAACUUUCAUAAUUUUUUCAAUUGCGAGUGAUUGCACAAGCUGCAAAUUGGAAGCAAACGUAAGAAGUGAACACAAAGUGUGAUGCUCCUCAAUUGGAAGUGUUAGACUUCUGGAGAUAUUAGCUAUAGUCUAUUUCAUCUUAUGAUAUUAUAUAUCAAUAAUCUUUAUUAAAUCUCUCUAACUAUAUUCGGAUACUCUCUCGGAUAAUAUUGAUCUGUGUAGACAUGACGGAUACCAUUCGAUUUUCGUAUUUGAACCAAAUAAUACACGUAGUUUGCCGUACUUAAGUUACGUUUUGACGAAAUUUUUAAUAAUGUCGCAAG